AUGACCGCCGAUGCAUACAAAUAUGGUUAUAAUGUUAAUCCACGUGGUCAAUUUCAUCAUGAAGUACGUGGCCCACAUCAGAUCACAUAUGGAUGUUAUGGCUAUAUUGAUCCCUUCGGCCAACUAAAAACAAUAUUUUAUAUCAGUGAUGGAUGGGGUUAUCGAAUUGUACAGCCAGGAAAGAACGUAGAACUUUUCUUUCAUAAACAUGAAUAUCAUGAAAACAGAAAUAAUCAUGAUCAUAACGAAACCCACGAACAUUAUGGUGUGUUUACACCAUGGCAAGAAUUACAUUUUCCCAUAGUGUGUGCGCAAUAUGAAAAUGAAAACAUUCUAUUUCUGAAAACAUCAAAUAAAGAAGGUCACAGUAAAUUUGGUACGCCAGUAAGACCAGACACGAAAAAGUUCGGAAAAUCAUUAUAUCAAGGACAUUUGGAAAACUCUAGUACACAAGAUAUGUCCAAUAUACCACAGAAAUCGACAAGCGAAGAAAUAACAUCACAUUUUGAACAUUUGGAAAUCACAGAUAUUCCUAGCACUCCAGGCAUGCCCAGAACACCAGGAACAUUUGGAAAACAAAGGCCAUUAUAUCAAGAAUAUUUUAGAACACAUGAAAUUACUGACACAUCAGAUAUACUCGAUAUCCCAGGAACUUCUGGAAGACCAAAAACACCAUCAUAUUCAGAAAAUCAAAGGACACUUAACAUAUUAACCUCACCUAGAAUACUAGAAAAACCAAAAAUGCGAGAAACAUCAUCAUAUUCAAAAUAUUCAGGAGCAUCUGAAAUUUCUAACAUAUCAGAUACACCCGCUAUUUUAGGCCAAAGGUCAGAAACGUAUCCGAAACAACCGGUGUCAUCUAUAGUUCACGUCACACCUGAUACUCCAAGAUUAUCUGAAAAAUCAGGGAUGUUACAACAAGAAUCGGGGAUACCCAGAAACGUACCAGGCACAUCCAGUACUCCAGGAAUGGCUAACAGAUCAAAAGCACUAUCAUAUCCAGAAUAUUCGGGGACACCUCGAAUCCUCGGCAUAUCAGGAACAUCUAAUACUUCAGAAACAUUUAAAAAAUCAGGAACAUUGUCACGUUCAGAACAAUCAAAAAUAUCUGGAAUAUCUGGAAUACUAGAUGUUUUAGGAACAUCUAGACGACCAGAAAUGCCAUCAUAUCCAGAACAUUCACAAACAUUUGGAAUUUCUGACAUAUCAGAUAUAUUUAAAACUAUAACCAAAUCAAAAGGAUCAGAAAUGCCAUUGUAUCGAGGAUCUCCAGAAACAUCCGGCAUUCCUAUAAUAUUAGACACACCCGAUGUUCCAGGAAUAUCUAAAAGUCCAGUAAAUUCAGAAUAUUUAGCGACACCUAGGGUUCCUGGUAUAUUAGCUACAUCCCACAUUUCAAAAAAAGGAGGAUAUAAUAGCGUUCCAGGAAGAUCAAGAACGCUAUCAUAUCCAAAAUAUCUUGAGACAAUCGAAAUCCUUGGCACAUCAAAUACAAGUACUCCAGGAACGUUUGGAAGACCAAAAAUGCCAUUAUAUCCAGGAUACCAGAAGACGCCUGGAAUUUCUGACAUUCCAGAAAUCCCUCAAACUUCAGAAAUAUCUGCAGAAAGAUUGCAUACACUAUUAUAUCCAGAAUAUACGGAGACAUCUGGAAUUCAUGUCAUACCAAGCACACUUGGAACACUAGGAAAAUUGGAAAAACUAGAGACAUCAAUAUAUUCGAAGAUACCUGGAAUCUCUGAUAUAUCAGAUAUAUCUGGUACCUUAGGAAAACCGAGAAGACCAGGAAUACUAUCAUAUUCAGAAUACUCGGGAACAUCCAAAAUCUCCGGCACAUCCAAUGCUUCGAGAAUACUUGGAAGACCAGAAGUGUCAUCAUAUUCAAAAUCAAAACAUCUAGAGACAUCUGGAAUUUCUAGUAUAGUAGGAACAUUCAAUACUUCAGAAAAAUCCACGCCAUCACAUCCAGAAUAUAUGGGAACAUCCGGUAUUCCAGAAAUAUCUGAAGAAAUAAAGACACUAAUACAUUCAGAACAUUUAGGGACAUCCAGAAUCCACGUCACACCAAGCAUACGUGGAACGUUAGAAAAAUUGGGAGAAUUAGAAAUGCCGUCAUAUUCAGGGCAUGCAGGAAUAUCUUCCAGAAUUUCUAAUAUAUCAGGAAUAUCUGGAAAGUCCGAGAUAUCAACGUAUUCAGGAUAUUCUAAGACACCCGAACAUCAUAUUAUACCAAGUAUAUCUGGAAUGCUAAGCAAACUGGAAAGAUCAAAAACACCAACAUAUGCAAAACAUCCGAAGAUAUCUGAAAUUCCUGACAUACCAAGCAUAUCUGAUAUUUCAAGACUGUCUGAAGAUCUAGAGACGACAAUCUAUUCAGAACAUCCCGGAGUCUCUAGCAUAUCAGGCACAUUCGGUAGCUCAGGAAGACCUAGGAUGCCAUCAUAUUUGGAAACUUUUGACAACCUCAGUACUCCAGAAAUGUCUGAGAAAUCAGGAUCAUAUUCUAAAUACUUAAGGAUUUCUAACGUUUCUAGCAGUCUUGGCACAUCCAAUAUUCUAGGAAUACCAGGAAUAUCAUCUCAUUCUAUACAUGCCGAAUCUAUUAUACCGAAAAUACGUGGAAAAUCAGGAACGCCAUUACAUUAUAAACAUGCAAGAAUUCUCAACAUGUCUGAUACAGCCAAUACUUUAGGAAUACUAGGGAGAUCAAGAACACUGUUUCAUCCUCAACGUCCGAAGACUUUUAUUAUUUCUAGUACUCCAAGAAUAUCUGAUAUAUCAGGAAAAUCUAUAACAUCUUAUCCAGGAUAUCCCAUUUAUCCUAUCAAAUCAAAAACACCUGUUAAUUUUGAAAUGUUGAGUAAACCUGAUGAUAUAUAUUCUGAAUUUUCUAAUACGUCUAAUAAAUCAAGUUUUCCUUUCAAGUCUGGCAAAUCAGGUUACACAUAUACAGAAGACUAUACAGAAGAAUCGAAAAAUCCACUAGGACCUAUAUCGAUAGAACCUCAUGGAGAAGUAAGCUCUAAAGAUCCGAGUAGUGGUAUAGGCGGUAUAGGAAACGUUGAUAACAUAAGUGAUAAAGAAAAUGUCGGACCUAACGGUCCCGAUGGACCAUGGCCAACUGGUUCACCGGGUCCUAAUGGACCAUGGCCUGGGGAUCCAGAUUAUAUAUCCGGAAUAUCAAUCAAAUCAACAAGAAAACCUUUGCACAAAGGAUUGAUAAGAAAUCACCAUUCAUCAAUUUAUUCAGAUACAGAUAAAUAUAACUCCGUUUCGCAAUAUUCCUUCAAUGGAACUGGUAUUUCAUAUACAAAUUAUACAAAAGAUAAUGAAUUAUUAAAAUUAAUAUAUCCGAUGAAAGUUAACACAUCACUAUAUAAUACAGAUCAUAAUCGAUAUAGACCUCAAUACAAAAUACAGUCUGUAGCAUCGGUCCAUAAGGGAAAAGAAAUCAUGUACAAUAGAAAUGAAACUAAUUCUCUAUUGCAAAUAGGUUCAACACCAUCAUCAUUGAAAUAUAAAAGUGAAGAUCAUCAAUACACUGAUAUGAUCAAACUAAAUCCACAAUUUCAUGAUCACCUGACACAUACUGAGCCGCAACAAGUAAAGAAACCACUUAAAAAUGAACCACUCAAACAUCUUUCUGUGCAUCGAAGUCAGUAUCAAAAAUCAAUAUUCUAUCCAUUUAAUAAUUCUCAAUCUUCUAGAGGUUCAAACCAAUUUAACAAAUUAGUGCAACAAGAAAGCGCAGUUAAUGUAGAUGGACGGUAUAAUAAGUUUGCUAAUAUGGAUAACAAAUCGAUUUCUGACAUAUCCACUCAGGAUGAACCUUCCUCUGUUCUGGAAAAACAGGUAAAUGUACAUCUUGAACAGAUAUCGAGGACGAAUCCCGUUCUUGACGCUAUUGGGGUUCAACCACCUAAUUUCAUCAACGUUAAGCCCUUUUCAUUACCUAUAGGGCCAGACUCACAAGCAUGUCCUUGUUACUUAAUUGAGUCGAAAAACAAUACAAACGUAGAAACCAGUUCGACUCUUACCUCUGUCAUUGGUCAAUUCGGAUUCGUUCCUAUUAUUUUUGUACCAUACUGUCCUGGCAAUGAGAUGGACAGCAAUAAGAUAAAAAUUAUGUUCCCAUCCAUUACUUCUGUUCCAUAUAUAUGCGACAUAUGCGAUAUUCAAGACAGCAAACUCGGCAUAAGAACCCUUGACAUAAAUCAGCUUGGCAAUAUCGAUUAUCUCAAAGAAAUAUUAAAUCAACCCAAUCUUGGUCUUUUUAAUGUUUCAGUUAAGAACAACAUCAAGCAAAAAAGAAGCAAAGGCAGAAAGACAAAAUGAAGAAUGUAAUAUUGGCUUAUUAAGUUCAAAUUGUAAUCAUUCUGAAAUAAUAG